UCGCAUCCCCGCUGCACGUCUUCACAAGUUCUCCUCGACCCAAAACCAAGCCUUCUCUCAGCCGAAAUGGAGCGUACCUUCAUUGCUGUGAAGCCUGAUGGCGUCCAGAGAGGACUGUGUGGUGAGAUCAUCAAGCGUUUUGAGACCAGAGGUUUCAGGCUGGUUGCCGCCAAAUUCUUGCAGGCCUCUGAGGACCACAUGAAGAAGCACUACCUGGACCUGAAGGACAUGCCUUUCUAUGCUGGUCUCUGCAAAUACAUGUCCUCUGGACCCAUCCUCGCCAUGGUGUGGGAGGGUCAGAACAUUGUGAAGCUGGUCAGGAUGAUGCUGGGUGAGACCAACCCUGCUGACUCCAAGCCUGGCAGCAUCCGUGGAGACCUGUGCAUCAACAUUGGCAGGAACAUCAUCCACGGCAGCGACACCCUGGAGAAUGCCAAGACUGAGGUCGACCUGUGGUUCAAGGCCGAGGAGUUUGUUAACUACACCCCCGCCACCCAGCCCUGGCUGUAUGAGUAAAUUAGCCGACCAAAGCCCAAUUAUCUACACCCAACUGGACCCCACUCACCCCAAAGACCCCAUCCCUGCAAAACCUGUCCUCCCAGCAGUCGAUCCUCUGACAUGGUCUUCAUUCACCAACCCAAAACAUUUAGCAGUUACCAAUAAAAUCUUGUGUUAACAACUUUCA